AUGAACUUUAAAGAUGCAUUAAAAGUGUUUCGUGCUCACUCUGCAAAUGAUUAUCAUGUUAAAGCCGUACUAGAUGCAGAAAACUUUUUAAAUGUCUUUGAAAACAGAAAAGUUCCCAUUAUUCAACAAAUUGAUAAUGAUAGAUUAAUACAAGUAAAAGAAAACAGAAAGAGACUAAUUCCCAUAAUACAGUGUAUUAUAUUAUGUGGCCGAGAAAACAUUCCUUUAAGGGGACACAGAGACUUUGGAUCAUUUAAUAUUGAUGACGAUCAAUAUAAUGAAGGCAACUUCCGUGCUAUAUUAAAAUAUCGAGCUAAUGGAGACGAAUAUCUUAAAUCAAUACUUGAAGGUUCAGGCAAAAGAAACAAAUACACAAGUCCAGGUGUACAAAAUCAAAUUAUAGAAGCUUGCAAUAAACUUAUUUUAAAACAAAUUGUAGCCAAAGUAAAUGAAUCUAAAUGUUUCUCCAUUUUGGCGGAUGAAACAACAGACAUAUCAAAUAUAGAGCAAUUAUCACUUUGUGUUAGAUAUGUUGAUAUCAACAACAAGUUAAAUGAAGAUUUUCUUCAGUUUGUACCUAUUCAUAGUCUAACAGGAUCUGAUUUAGCGGCAUCAAUUUUACAAGGAUUAAGUGACUGUGGAAUAAAUUGUGACUAUAUGUAUGGACAAGGCUACGAUGGAGCUAGUAACAUGGCUGGUCAAUUUAAGGGAGUUCAAGCAAUUAUAAGAAAUAAAUAUCCGAAUGCAUUAUAUGUCCAUUGCUCGGCACAUUCUUUUAACCUAGCAGUUUCGUCAUCUUGCAACAUCAAACCCAUUAGAAAUUGUCUUGGUAUUGUAGAAAAACUUCAUAUUUUUUUCAAUACACCUAAAAGGCAUCACGUUCUUUUAAAUCAAAUUGAAAAAAAUGAUUCCACCCCUAAUGUUACUACUUUAAAAAGACUUUGUGCCACCAGUUUUGUCCACCAAGCAUUAAGUUUUAUAACUGCUGAAUGGAAUGAUUCGUCAGCAACUGAUGCUGGUAUGUUAUUGAAAUGUAUUCAAGAUUCUGAAUUUUUGGUUUCUCUUUAUGUUACAAAGGUAUUAUUUUCUUAUGGCUUGCCGGUAUGUAAACAAUUACAGAAAGAGAGAAUCGAUUUAAAAAAAACUGUAGAAAUUAUUGAAAAUAUGAUAGAAGCGAUAACACAUAUGAGGGAGGAUGCAGAAAAUGAAUUUAAAUUAAUUUUUGAUGAAGCACAGAGAUCAGCUGAUUUGGUUGGAAAUACAAUUACUCGUAAAAGAAUUACAACUAAGCUAACAAAUCGAGCAAACCCUCAAAAUAUGACAUCUGAUGAACAGUACUUUAGAGUGACUAUAUAUUUACCUUUCUUGGACAAUUUUAUAUCUGAAGUUAAUGAUCGUUUUUUAAACCAUAAAAAUGUUUUAAGGGGUUUUGAAUGCUUAUUUCAUUCAAAAUUUUCUGACCAAGACAGGAAUGAAAUUAAACAUUUGGUUGAUUUAUAUUCCCCCACAAUUGAUAAAAACAAUAUUAUUGCUGAACUCAAGAUGUGGAAAUUGAAAUUGGCCUCUAGUGACUUAAACCUAAUUAAAAAUGGAUUAGAAGCUUUAGACAAUUGCGAUGAAGAAGUAUAUCCAAAUAUCCAUUUUUUAUUAAAAAUAUUUGUUAGUUUGCCUGUUUCAACAGCAACUCCAGAGAGAAGUUUCUCUAGAAAACGCCUCAAGACCUAUCUGCGUAAUACAAUGAAAGAGACACGUUUAAAUGGAUUAACACUGUUGUCAAUUCAUCGAGACAUACCCUUAUCAGUUGAAGAAGUUAUAGAUGAAUUAUCAAAAAAAGCAAGAAAAUUAGAUUUUGUAUUGUAA